CUCGGCUCUGCAGUGAUGUGGGGUGUGGCGGUUGAAUGACCGUUUGCGCGUGUGUUUUUGCGUGCAGGAGCGGAUCCAGUUAGGAGCAUCUCGGAGCAGCAGAGAACCGGGAGAUACGGAGAACCAGGAGCGGCGCUUCUGCCGGAUGAGAGGAGUGCGAGACGGGAGGACGACGCGUCAACACACCCUGUCUCUACCGGCUGUGUGGGAUUCUCAUAUUUACGGACAGGAGCCGAGCGGUAGGAGCUGACCGUUAGGAGCUGAACGAGGCGUUGAGGGAUUCCGAGCAUCCGUCUAAUGGGAAAAUUACCGUCAGUGAUCUUACUAUGCUUUAAUGGACUGCAUAUCAUCCUGCUUUUAUGUUUAGAUUCUGCAUUAACCCAGAGUAGUAACGCUGAAGAAUACAUGAAAAUGACAGAGCACUGAGAUUCUGCAUUUAAGUGACUACAGAGGUUGUUGCCUUCAUCGAGAAGAUAUAAUCUGGAUUUCUGUCUCAUGUCAUAACACAGAAGCCUACCAUGUCAAAAAACAAGAGCAGUGAGUCAGUGAAGGUGGUUGUACGAUGCCGUCCAUUGAACCGGAAAGAGGAGUCCUCUGGGCCUGUGGGGGGGAUUGUGCAGAUGGAUCUGCGGCUCGGACAGGUGAUCCUCAGAAACCCCCGCGCCUCACCAAGCGAGCCCCAGAAAACCUUCACAUUUGAUGCGGUCUAUGACGGAAACUCUAAACAGCGAGACCUGUACGACGAAAGUGUGCGGCCGCUGAUAGAUUCAGUCCUGGCGGGGUUCAAUGGUACCAUCUUCGCCUAUGGACAAACCGGAACUGGGAAGACCUACACUAUGCAGGGAGCCUGGCUGGACCCAGAAAAACGAGGUGUAAUUCCUAACGCCUUCGACCACAUCUUCACACACAUCUCCCGCUCCCAGUCGGACAAGCAGUACCUGGUCCGGGCCUCCUACCUUGAGAUCUACCGAGAGGAGAUUCGUGACCUCCUUGAUCCAAACCACAGCACUACCAGAGGCCUGGAUCUCAGGGAGAGUCCAGAGACAGGGGUGUAUGUUCAGGAUCUCACAUCAUGUGUCUGCAAGAGCAUUAAAGAGAUUGAGGAGGUGAUGAACGUAGGCAAUCAGACGAGGGUAGUUGGAGCAACGGACAUGAACGAGCAUUCAUCCAGGUCUCACGCCUUGUUCUUGAUCACGGUUGAGUGCAGCCAGCCUGGUCCAGAUGGAAGAAAACAUAUUAGAGUAGGGCGCCUGAACCUGGUGGACUUGGCCGGGAGUGAACGCCAAGCCAAGACCGGUGUCCACGGAGAGCGCUUGAAGGAGGCUGCCAAGAUAAACCUGUCGUUGUCAGCUCUUGGGAACGUCAUUUCAGCUUUAGCAGAUGGACGCAGUGGACAUGUUCCCUACAGGGACUCGAAGCUGACUCGACUCCUGCAGGACUCUUUGGGCGGGAAUGCCAAGACUGUCAUGGUCGCCACACUUGGCCCAGCCCCUGCACACUACGAUGAGACACUUACCACGCUCCGGUACGCCAACCGUGCCAAGAACAUUCAAAACCAACCCAAAGUAAACGAGGACCCCAAAGACGCUCUGCUGCGCGAGUUCCAGAAGGAGAUCGCUCGCCUCAAGGCUCAGCUCAACCACAGGAGGUGGAGGAGCAAACAGAAGAAGGAGCAGGUGGAUGGUGAGGACUGGGGCAGAGACAGUGAUGAAGAAAUGGAGGAUGAGGAAGAGGCGGUGGAGACGGAGACAGAUGAUUACGUGAAGCUGGAGGAGCAACGCCUGGAGAGGGAGAAGGAGGCCAUCACAGAGGACCAGUUCCUGCUGGUUGAGGAGAAACAGAAACUACUGGGAGAUCUGAGGAAGGAGCAGGAAGCCACGGAGCAGCUGACUGCAAAGUACAAGGCGAUGGAGAGCAAGCUUCUAGUUGGUGGUAAGAACAUCAUGGAUCACACCAACGAGCAACAGAAGAUGCUGGAGGUGAAGAGGCAGGAGAUUGCAGAGCAGACUCGCAAGGAGAGGGAAAUCCAGCAGCAGAUGCUGGUCCAGGAUGAGGAGACGGUGGAGCUCAGGGAGACGUUCACGUCUCUACAACAGGAAGUUGAGGCAAAGACCAAAAAGCUCAAGAAGCUGUACUCCAAGCUGCAGUGCAUCAAGGCGGAAAUCAAGGACAUGAACGACGAGCAUGUGGGGAGCCGGCAGGAGCUGGAGCAGACUCAAAACGAGCUGACCAGAGAGCUCAAGUUCAAGUAUCUCAUCAUUGAGAAUUUUAUUCCUCCGGAGGAGAAGAAUAAGAUCAUGAACAGGCUGACCUUCGACCCAGAGGAGGAUCAGUGGAAUUUCCAGCCUCUCGUUCCCGCUCAGAGUAAAUUCUCACAGAUGAAGAAAAGGCCGACAUCUGCAGUCGGAUACAAACGACCCAUCAGUCAGUAUGCUAGGGUUGCCAUAGCGAUGGGAGCUCAUUCCAGAUUCAGGGCGGAAAACAUCAUGUUUCUGGAGCUGGACAUGUGUCCUCCAAACCCGUCCUCCCUGGACUGCUUAGCGGAGGCGGCCACAAACCAAACUCCCUCACAGGAAAACUCUCCCACCAAGAACAGAGACAUUCACAAGUCCAGCUCCUGGUGUCAGUCGUCGAAAUCAAUCCCCUUCUCCUCGUCUAAUAACUCUUUGGCAGCGUGUCCUGCUGCACUGGCAAAAGGCCAGUAAUCCCACAAACAACACAAACGCAUGGAAGUGAGGUGUUGCGAUUAAUUUACCUGGCCAUCCUUCAAUAAAGGAAUAUUUAUCAGCUGUUUGAUGACAUAAAGGAGAUUAAUUCAUUCUGUGUUUUUGAGAUCAUCUCUGUCUGAUAUGCAAGAAAGCCCAGAACAAACAGGGUUCUCCUAUGUUUUCCUCGUUGCCAUGGCGACAACUCUUACUGGUAUGAUUGGUUGUUUAAAACAAGAAUUGGGAUUAACCAAAAAAAAAAAAGUCAAAAAGCAACCAAAACCUGAAGUCUGCAGAGCCUCAAAAACUGUACAGAAAGCCCAGGAAAAGCCAGUCAACAGACUUCUCCUUGCUGUAGAGAUGAUUCACAUUAGUGAGAAUGGAAACCCAAAACCAGUGCUAGGAUCGACUGACGAAAAAGACAAAAAAAGAGACCGGAAAGCACCACUGACUCAAUCCUGGGGUCUGUUGAACCUCUGUUGAACCUGUUGAAUCCUCUCUGGAGGAAAAGUCUCCUUUCCUUCACGCUCCUGCAUGUUUAAGGCCAGGAGGAGCUUCUGAGUGGAACGACAGGCCUCUUAUUCUGAAAUUCUCACAGUGUAGAAGCUUUGUACAUUUCUCAUUCAAGUAGGUCAUCGAGUAGGGGUAUGGAUCUGCGAUGGCAGCGGUUUUAAAAUCAGCUGCUUGUUCUCGUGAAGUGCUUGAAGACCUGAACAAGAAACGUCAUCCACGCCGUUUGGAUGGGACCAAAACAUCUUUGGAAAAGAAGCCUGCUGGGCUUAGUAUGGAUUCUUUUGUGGGAUAUUUCCUGACGGACUUGUUGGAAGUUUAAAGGGUCAAACGGACAAACGCUCAUCUGGAUUAUUGAUGGAGCAGAUCUGGUGUCCGCUCUGCAGGAACGGCGGUGCGGAGGUUCGGUUACUUUCACUGCAAACUUGAAACCACGUUCCCACUGAAGCUGCUCAGGUCCUCCUGAAGGACUCUCUAAAUGUUAGGGGCAGAAAAACCUCAAUGUAAAAAAAGGCCACAACACAGCAGUCUGGGAAAUGAAUCCAGUGAAGAAUUCCUGUAAAUCUUUCUACCAUGUGUUCUGUCAGAUGAGUAAUUAACUCACAAUGAUAUAUAAACACUGGACUGUUUUGUUACGCUUUUUUUAGACUGUAUUAAUUUGGAGAGACAGAAAUAAUAUUUGCCCAAACAGCUA